GCAGGCGCCCACGUGACAAGGCGCCGGCAAUCGAGCGCCGAGAGGGCGAGUGCGCGCUGGUGGCGCCCGGUUGGGCGGCCGGGUGGGCACGGCGGUACGGGACACGGGCUGCGCCUCCGGGCCGCCGCCAUGGGUCUGGGCGCCAGCGCCGAGCAGCCCACGGGCGGCGCCGAGGGCUUCCACCUGCACGGGGUGCAGGAGAACUCCCCAGCCCAGCAGGCGGGCCUGGAGCCCUACUUUGACUUCAUCAUCACCAUCGGGCACUCGAGGCUGAACAAGGAGAAUGACACUCUGAAGGCCCUGCUGAAGGCCAAUGUGGAGAAGCCCGUGAAGCUGGAGGUGUUCAACAUGAAGACCAUGAAGGUGCGCGAGGUGGAAGUGGUGCCCAGCAACAUGUGGGGCGGCCAGGGCCUGCUGGGGGCCAGUGUGCGCUUCUGCAGCUUCCGCAGGGCCAGCGAGCACGUGUGGCAUGUGCUGGACGUGGAACCUUCUUCACCUGCCUCCCUUGCUGGCCUGUGCCCCUACACAGACUAUGUGGUUGGCUCAGACCAGAUCCUCCAGGAGUCCGAGGACUUCUUUACACUCAUCGAGUCCCACGAGGGGAAGCCCUUGAAGCUGAUGGUUUACAACUCCGAGUCCGACUCCUGCCGGGAGGUGACUGUAACUCCCAACGCAGCCUGGGGUGGAGAGGGCAGUCUGGGCUGUGGUAUUGGCUACGGGUAUCUGCACCGGAUCCCAACCCAGCCUCCCAGCCGCCACAAGAAGCCACCUGAUGCCCUGCCACCUGGUGCCUCGCCUCCUGAUGUCCCGCCACCUGGACCCACCCCCCAGGACUCUCCUGCCCCUCCUGGCCCAGAAAUAGGCUCCAGGCAGGAUGACUACAUGGAGGCUCUGUUGCAGGCACCUGGCUCCUUCAUGGAGGGACAGCUUUCUGAGCCUGGGAGUCCCAGCCAUGGUGCUGCAGACGUUGGGGGAUUCCCACGUCCCAUGGAGAUUCCUCUUCAGCCUCCCCCUCCAGUGCAGCGUGUCAUGGACCCAGGCUUCCUGGCCGUGUCGGGUCUCUCCCUCUCGGAGAGCAGCAGUGCCGGUGUCCGGCCCAGCCUGCCCUCGGCCACAGAGCUGACCCGUACAGCUCACUCAGCCUCCGGGCCCGAGGACGUCUCCAGCUGCGGUUCUCACGAGCGUGGCGGUGAGGCCACAUGGUCCGGAUCAGAGUUUGAGGUCUCCUUCCCGGAUAGCCCAGGCACCCAGGCCCAGCCAGACCACCUGCCUCAGCUAACCCUUCCUGACAGCCUCACCUCUGCAGCUUCACCAGAAGAGGGGCUGUCUGCUGAGCUGCUCGAAGCGCAGGCUGAGGAGCCGGCAAGCACAGAGAGCCCAGAUUUCGAGGCAGAGGCUGAGGAGGCAGCCAGCCAGGCCCAGCUCUCCACCCCCGAAUAACGCCCUUGGCUGUGUCGAGGCCCCUGAUGGCAUUUUGUGAGGCCUAGAUGUGCGGAAGCAGCUCAGGCCACACUCCAUAGCCCAGCCCCUUGCCUGAUCCCGGCCCAGCGUGCAGCUUCCUAGGCAAUGGCUCCCAGGAUGUGCAGGGACUUCUGCGGCUGUUGGGGGGGGGGGGGGUGCGGGGCUUGUGUCCACAUAGACCCUACUGGUGUCCAAGAGAUGACCUCCCAGCGUUAAUUGUGCCUGAUGGUCCUGGCUUUGGGGAAUCGGGCACUUGUUUGAGUCUCAAAUCCUUUUGGGGUGGUGGGAGGCUGGGAGCAGCACCCAGAUUAAGUUUUACAAGAGCUGGGGUAGGAGAGGAAAGGACUCUGCUGCUUGGGUGGGGCAAAGAGCCUCAGUGGGUAGGGAGAGGCGGCCGUGGGCCUUGGGGAAGGGCAUCUAUUGGCCACGUACCCUUGAGUCCAGUGCUUGCUCCUGCUCUGGUCACUGUGGCUGCCCAGGAGGCAGCAGGGUCCACACAAGGUCGUGUGUGCAGAUGGAGUGAAGGAGGAAGGGACAGGUCUGGAGUGUUCGCCUAACACUUGGCAGGGCAUGCUUUGAUUCUUGCGCAGCUCAGCUAGCCCUUGGGGACUCCCAUUACCAUCUCCUCUGUCCUGUGCCCUCAAUCUCUAUGCUACCCUGCACGGUUGGCUCCGGCUGGCUGACGUCCGCCAGUCACAGCCGGAGGAGAGAAGCAGUGACCUCGUCCCCCUCUCCUGGGAGAGGAGGGUUGGAAAUUCCAGGCCCGUCAGCAGACUCACUUGUCCUUGGACCACGAUGUUUCUUCCCCAGGGCCUACACCCCACAGACCCAAUAUCCCUAGUGAUGACUCCUGUCAGCUCCCCAACUUCUACAGCCAUCUCUUCUAAAUAGAUACAAGGCAUCCAGGCAGCCCCAGUGGUGAAUACAAAUGGCAAAUUUAAGCUCACCGUCCUAAGCAGACUCUCAAAGCCAGUCCUGACUGGAUCUCUUUACACACAGCUCCCACCCUAAGGGGGAACAAGGGGCCUGGACAAGAGUGGGUAAGGGCCAUCCCGUUCUUUCCCAGAGUAUGGAAGGAGGCUGUUCCCUCCACCCCCAGGUACCCGGAGAGGUUAGGACUAGGCCAGUUCUGCUCUCCCUGGUUCCUGCAGGAGGAGGAGGAGGGCUCCGUGCAGGAACAGCUCCUCAUGGCCUGAAGUCCCUCACCUGCCCACUUCUUGCUGAUUGCCACGAAAGCCGCCUCUGGCCUUGUCUUCUAGCUGCUACCCAGUUGGAAGUCCCACCUUUGCCGCUCGGCCUGUAAUGUGUGCACUUAACAGCAUUCAGAGUUCCGUUAGGCCCCCAGGACAAGGACUGUGCUCUGGGGCGCACAGACCAAGUAUACGCAGGGAAGGCCCCCAAUGGGCAAACACUUCGAAUUUCUAGCACUGUGACUGCAAUUUGAAGCAAGGCCUUGUCAAGCCUACCGUGGCAGCUGAUAAGCCUGCCGAACCCGGGAGGCAUUGUGUCCGAAGCCAGGGCUGGAGCUGGGUUCUGGGAUUGUCUGGGAGCCCAGUGUGCGCCUGCAGGGAUCUAGGAAGUAGAAAUGAAUCACCACAGGAUUCUUCUGAGGCCAGCUUCCCUGAACUGCAGCCUGGUAGUCUGGCCCAAAGUCACCCUCACCCCAGGAUUCUGGCUCUUCCCUCCCUCACUUUGACACACUCCCUGCCCUAACCAGGGGGAUAAAAUGGGUACUGAUGCUAAUGACUGCCAGGGUAAACAUGGAACCAGAAUUUCUCUGUAAUCUGCUAUGAAGGAAAAUGACAAGUGAAAGAAAUAAAGGUGUACUACACUUUGAAA